GGCCAUCUGUUCUUGUGCAUCCAGAGCCUGGUAUUCGGCGGUCCUUCUCCGCGCCAUUGUCAACCAUUGACGUGGAGAGCGCGGCUCAUUGACGUGAAGCCUUGCCAUCAAACCCUUUAACAGUCGCGCAAGGGGCGAUCGCUGAGCCGUGCCACGUCGAUGUAUAUACUGUCCCUGUGAUUGGUUGGUGCGUAGUUACCAUCCACCCCAGAUAACACCUCCCCGCUAACCUCCAUCUAUUAUCCUCACCACGAAGGCAGCCCACUCACGCGACCUCCCUCUCCCUCGUUUCCUCUCCCAUCUAAUCCGCCGCCAUUAGCAGCGCCAGCCAGCGGGAGAGGAACUGGCUCUGCUCUCCCAUGCAGCCACACCAGCUUCGUCGCCUGGAGGGAGGAGAAGAUGGCGGUGGCGGCUUCGAUCUAUGAUCUGCCUCGAUGCGGGUCUCCUCCAGUGAGUGCCUAUGCGGCGACGGCUACGGCGACAACGAGUGAAGGAGAUGAAGUGGAGGCAACUCGAGGGCCUCCUAGGGGGCCUGGUCCAGUUCUCCCCCGCCGCCUCCUCUGCUCGAUUUGGCCUCCAAAAAAAGGCAGGCGAUGCUCUGAUUCAGCCGUAUACUCAUUUCAUCUCUGAUUUUGAGAGCAAGAUCAAUCUUCUUAAAUUUUCUCACUUCGCAGUAGUAGUUUCACUCCAGUAUUCAGAUAAAGAUGCUGGUAUAAGCUAUCUCGAAGGCGUAAUUUCAAAACUGCGUGAUACCAAGGAAUCACGGGUUGAAGAGCCCAUUCUGUAUUUGAAGAUGCAGAUUGCAAGUUUUCUUCUUGAGAAAGGGAAUCAAAAGGAGUGUAAGAAACUGGUAGACGAGGGUAAAACCACUUUGGAUAGCAUGGGCGAUGUUGAUCCUUCAGUACUUUCGACCUAUUAUUAGUUAUGUUCUCAGUACCAUAAAGUGUGUCAAGACUAUUCUGAAUUUUAUAAAAAUGCUCUUCUAUA